AUGCGCAGCGUUUCGUCAUCCACACAUGACGAAAGACCACCUCCACCACCAUUACGAUUCAGCAGUGGUAGCGGUGAAAGAGAGCAAGCUGUGAUGGGUUUGAAGCCGUUGCCAAAAGAGCCUUCAGAACAGAAAAAGAAAAAGAGCCUUUCUAAUCCUUUUGUUAAGAAGAACAAAGAGAAGAAAGAUGAAAAGCCUACAAUUUCUGAACCUUGUAACUUCGAGCACACGAUUCAUGUUGGUUAUGAUCCUGAUACCGGAGAGUUUACGGGAAUGCCCGUAGUAUGGUCUAAAUUACUUCUAGCUUCGAACAUCACUGUGAAGGAACAAAGACAGAACCCGCAAGCUGUUCUGGAUGCUCUGAAAUAUUUCACUCAGAAAGAUACAAAAUCGAAAUGGCUACCUUAUCCGCAUAUGACGUUUAUAGACGCUCCUAGUCCUUCAGCCGGUUCUUCUCCUAGGAAUAGAAGUCCCGCUUAUUCAAAACCUCCUUUCCUACAGCAACAUAGCCCUUGCCCUGCUCAUUAUGGUUCUGCAACUUUUAUGCCUGGCUUACCACCUCCUUCUCCGAAGCCUGGAAGUGCAAUAAAGUCCUCCAAGUCAAGCAAUGGGUAUUCUAACACUGCUGAGAAUCGAAUAAGUAUGCCACCGAACUAUGCACCACCACCUGUUCCUGAAGAAGAUCCCGCUGAAAUAGGAACACCACCUCCGAUACCAGAUCGGCCUGCUCGUACCUUGAGUAUCUAUACGAAGCCAAAGGAGGAGGAAGAAAGAAUUCCGGAUUUAUCACAAGGCACUUUUGGUGUGCAGUCACGAGGAAGAAAGUUAGGAAUGAGCGAUGAAGAGGUGUUGAAACGGUUGCGAAACAUUGUGACUAUAGGUGAUCCUCAGAGAAGAUAUGACAAAAUUAAUAAAAUCGGAUCGGGGGCUUCCGGCUCUGUGUACACAGCUAUAGAAAUGAGCACGGGAGCGGAAGUUGCUAUCAAGCAGAUGAAUCUUAAAGAUCAACCCAAGAAAGAAUUAAUUAUCAACGAAAUUUUGGUGAUGAGAGAAAACAAGCACGCCAAUAUUGUGAAUUAUUUGGACUCUUAUCUCGUUGGAGAGGAGCUCUGGGUUGUUAUGGAGUAUUUGGCUGGAGGCUCGUUGACUGAUGUUGUCACAGAAUGUCAAAUGGAAGAAGGGAUGAUCGCUGCUGUUUGUCGUGAAGUUCUCCAAGCUCUAGAGUUCCUUCAUAGUCGCAAUGUAAUUCAUCGAGACAUUAAGUCGGAUAAUAUUUUGUUGGGUAUGGAUGGCUCAGUCAAAUUAACGGAUUUCGGCUUUUGUGCUCAAAUUUCUCCUGAGCACAACAAGCGAACUACUUUAGUGGGCACUCCAUAUUGGAUGGCGCCUGAAGUUGUUACCAGAACCCGCUAUGGACCUAAAGUAGAUGUUUGGUCUUUAGGCAUUAUGGCGAUAGAGAUGGUUGAAGGAGAACCUCCGUAUUUGAACGAAAUCCCCCUAAGGGCUAUCUACCUCAUAGCUACAAAUGGAAAGCCUGAUUUUCCAAGUAGAGAUAAAUUGUCGCCUACGUUCCAGGAUUUCAUUGAUUGUGCAUUAGAAGUAACAGUUGAUCAAAGAUGGUCUUCUUCCCAACUAUUAACUCACCCCUUUUUGCGAUGUGCCAAACCACUGGCGUCUCUCUAUUAUCUGAUCGUAGCGACUAAGAAAAGCAUAGCAGCUAGCUCCUAG